AACUCAGUGACGUCAUUGGUGAGCGCCUCUGCUGGCCUUCAAAAUGGGCUCGACUCCUUAGCCUUGAUUUCUUCAAUUGUCCCUCCGCAUAUCAAGUUUUUAUGAAGAAAAGCCUGUUCGCGAUGACAUUUGGAGGUGAACUGGCAGACGAAGUCAGCCAGGUGAUUUCAGAACUGGUUCCUGCGCGGGCUGACUGGCUUGCAAGAUUCCGUUCCUGUGCAGUACAGUAAAGCUACUCGCUUGGUCAGAGGAUUGCAAUGAAACCUGCUCAGGAACGCAACCAGGAGUGCCUGCCUCCUAAGAAGAGGGACCUCCUAGUUAGUAACAGCAGUGGAGCUGGAGGGACAGGAGGAGUUGGGGCUGCAGGAGGAGGUGGUGGCAACAGUGGAGGUGGCAAUAGUGCUGGUAGUGGUAUUGGAGAAGAUGAAGUGGUUUCCAUCCAGAACUCCGCAGCCAACAGUGACACUCAGGGAGGGACCCCAUCUGGAGAGUGGCUGCGGACUCAGCCAGGGCUUCAUUAUGGAGUGGAUAAUUCUGAUGGCAUACCAGCAGUGCCAGUUGACCAGUACAGUAUGCUCUAUAAAGUGGCUCUUCCAUCUGUUACCUACUCGCCUACCAGUCUUCACCCAGUGUUAGGCCACCUCUCGUCAGGCUACACUGUACACUCUCCUCUCCUGCAGCAUCCAGGCCUUCCCUAUCCUCCUCUUGGUUAUGCCCAGAUCCCUCAUUCCUCUCUCCAGUUUGUUAGUUCUCCUUAUGCAGCUGUACCUUACGCUCUGCCCCCUGGCUUUGUCCCGGGAUCAUUAAUUUCUCCCUCAGGCACCAUUCCUCAGCCCCAUGCUGUGUCCCACCUUGUUCCCUAUCCAUCUGUCAUACAGGAAGGUGUUGUUUCUCCACCUCCCCAGGCCCAGGUAGCUGCUCAUACCUUUGCCAAAGUUGCGGCAUCAAGCGGUGUCCCGCUGAUGCUGCCUUCAGAGCAAGCUGCCCAGCAGCACCUUGGUACUGUAGGAGUCCUGCCCGCAGCAGAGCUCAGCUCUCGAGGGUUGCCAGUCUUCUAUCACCCUCAGGGCGCCAGGGCUGCCACUGCCACCAGAGACCCUCACAGUGCCCAGCAGGAAAAUGAACCAGAGAUGAAUGGAGGCGAUAAAGAGCAGGGAGCCAGGGAGGUUGUGCUCGACUACACUGCCAGAAAUGCAAGUCUGCUGCAGGUAGCAUCCAACUCUGCGGUCCAGGAGUACAGCCAAGAGAGAGGCCCGAUGAACCGAAGGCUGGAAGAGAGGAGCUCACCUGGCCAGCGCAGCACUCCAGACAGUGACCUGGAGGUGCAGCAGGUGGUUGGUCGUUUGGCUUCUUCUGGCCAAGGUGGAGUGCGGAAAGAGGUCUCCUUUGCUCCCUUGAACCUCUCUCAGGGUGCCCAGAGAGCCAGAGAUGUCCACGGAGAGAGCACAGGCGUGGUUUCAGGCCGGACUGCGUACACAACCCAGACUGCGUGUUACACUGAUCCCAGAGUGGCCAGUCUCCAGCAGCAAACGGGACAACCAGGACAUGCUGUCAUGCUUGCCAACGGGCAACCAGUUCUCAUUCCCUUGGAGUAUCACUUGCAGCAUCAGGCCCAGCCGCCGCAGCAACACUACCCAGGACAGGCUAAUGAUGCCUCAGCCAGCCAUGCCUCUACCACCAUGGCCUCUCCUAACCCAAGCUUUAAAGCCUCUGAUUCUUCAGCCAGAGUGUGCCUCCUUGAAAGGGCGGAGCCGACCACAGCGCAGCAGCAGCUCCCCCAGCAGCCUCCUGUCCAGCCUACAGCAGAUGCGACUCAGGCCUUAGCUUCAAGCCUCGCUCCUGCCUCGGCUCCCUGCAACCCAUCACACUUCAUGAAGGGAGCCAUCAUCCAGCUGGCUACUGGGGAACUGAAGCGUGUCGAGGACCUGCAGACUCAGGACUUUGUGCGCAGCGCCGAGGUGAGUGGGGGUCUUAAGAUUGACUCCAGCAUGGUGGUGGACAUCCGUGCCAGCCAGCAGAGACCGGGUCUUGUGUCGCUUCACUUUACUGUGGGGGAGCAGCAGAGCAAAGUGACCAUCGACGUGCCUCCGGAGCACCCCUUUUUUGUGUUCGGGCAGGGCUGGUCGUCCUGCAGCCCCGAGCGCACAGCCCAGCUCUACGGCUUGGCCUGCCAUCAUCUGCAAGCGGGAGACGUGUGUGUGUCCAUCACCCUGCAGCAGCAGCUUCAGCCGCAGCAGCAGAAACAACCACAGCACCAUCCUUCACAACAGCAACAACAGCAGCAGAACCUGUCCAGGACUUUGAGCAAAACCAACGCCACAUCAGGACCCGGUCACCAGCUCAUGGGGCCUCCUGCCCCUCAGCAGUCACGGCCUCCAUCUCAUUUCAGGCUUGACCGCAUCCACAGAGAAAGACAGAGGGAUGGGGAGAAAGAUGCAGCUGACAAGGAGGAAGCCACACAUUUUGGAGUUGUUGGGCACUCUGAGUCGCCCAUCAGACCAAGUAGGACCUUAGCAGAGCAUCCAAGGAGCCAGAGCAGUUACCACUUGCACACAGAGGGCUCUGCUUUCGCAGGGGCAGGGAUGGGAGCAAUGCAGGCUGCGCUAGGUGCAUCUCAGAGGCGCUGGUCCUCACCUGGCCUCCAAAGACACAGUAUGAAGGGAGACGAAGGGCCACGCCCUCAUAUAAGCACCUCCAGCCACACGAGGCCCUCUUUCAUCCCCCAGGAGGUCAAACUGUCCAUUGAGGGGCGCUCUAAUGCAGGGAAGUAGCAUCACAUUUGGUAGCAACUAUUAAAAGAGACUGCCACGAGUAAGAAUGAGUCUGACAAGGAGAGAAAGAGGGAAAAAAAGAGUGCGAAUGUAGCCUCAGAAUGUUUGAGAUUUUGCACACCUGAAAAUAUACAAAAAUACAAGAUCUUUGUCUAUCUGGUGAGAAGUUCUGGUUUGGUUCAGUUGUCACUCAGCCAAAGGAUACGAGCCUGUGGUUUCCCGGCCAGCUGAGGUCUGACAGGGACAUUACAAGCUGAGUAGAAAGUAUGUAGCGGAUGAAAAUGCCUACCAUAGUCCUUGCACACUGCAUUACUCUUCCUCCCUCCCUCCUCUGUCGCCACUCCCGCAUACCCAUGCUUGGAGGUUACCAUCGCAUUUAGAACACUCUUGCUUCCUUUUUGACCAAACCGUCUCUUCGGGAGACCAAGGACUACGAAGAAUGUGUUUGUAGCGCAGUGAAGCUACCAACUCUGCAGGUUUUGAUGUAUUUAAAAGAUCACAGCCAGUGAUCUUUUAUCUCCUUCAUUCCUAAGAUCCUGUUUCCUUCAAAAGCAUUUACCCAAAAAAGAAAAAAAAAAAAAAAGUUGCUGACACAAGCAGCUCCUGCGGUGAUGUUGGCACUGUUGACGCUAACUGUCAGUGUAUGUUACAUUAUGCUUCUCCGGCAGGAGACUGAAACCUCUGCUGUCAGCUGAGAUACUCUCUCCCCUCUCCUUCCUUUUCAGGAAGCUGGUCUGCAAAGAAUGGGAUCCUCUCUCAGGCCAAGUGUGGCGAGUCCCACUUGUCUUACAAUCGAAAUAGUGAUAAAUCAAUCAGUGUGUCUGUUCAGCAAUCAGUUUCCAUUUAAAAAAAACAUCUGCCCAUGCCCUCUGGUUUGGGCUCUAACGUGUGAGUGUGUUUGCAUAAAUGCCGCAGAUUGGAAUAAUGCUUUGUUCUCUGUGAUAACUAGAGAUGUGUUGCAUUCCAGUAUCAUCAGUGAGAAUAUCCAUCACUUAGUGUUUAACUCUUUCUCCUUAGAGAAAUCACUUCCCAUCCUGAGCGACACCUUCCCUCCUCUUCGCUAUACCUCAAAGCUUUCCCGACCAGACUGGUGACUUUUAAUGCAAUUUUAAAAGCCGUGAUUAACGGAGGAGGCACUGGCUGGUCAUCACCAAAGCCACCUAUGGGAAUGAGACAUUACCCAGUCACAUCACUGGCUGCAGGGCCACUUUAAACCCCACGAAGAACGGAAAGGCCUUGCAGUUCGCCUUGUAGAGAGAAACCCUGCGUGCGAGUGAGUCAGUGAUGAGGUUUUUCUUUUGUCCUAGUUACUCUUUGCUCGGUUCCCAAAUUAAAGCAAUAGUUCUUUUUACAGCACGCGGCUUUACUGCUCUCCCCCAGGAGUCUCUCGCUGCGGGCUGUUUUAUAUCUCUGUACAUCUGAGGUGUGAGAUCUGACCCUCUUUUUAACCCUGACCUUUACAGGCGAUGCACUAUGUUGGUGUUUAUUUUCAUUGAUUCUUCAGUAUUUCUACACAAGCAAUGCAUGACAAAUGUCUCAAGAAAUCGUUGUAGAUGAAACCGCUUCUGUUUGAUUAUCCAUCUCACUGAUGAUAUUUUAUCUUUUACUCAAGUGCAUCUCCAAGGAAGGCUUGACUCUAAUUAAGUUGUGAUCAUUAUCGAGUUAUCUUCUGUUCUGUCUUUUGUUUUAACCCACCCGGUCCUUCGCUUUUGUUACUAGGGUAUGGAUCUUAUGAUUGUCUUGUGUUGCACAUGUCACUCAUUGAUUUCACACUGACCUUGUUUAUAGGAAUAACAGUACAGUAGGUGUUUUUUUAAUGAAGGGAAAAUGUUUGAAGUAUUGUUGUUGGUGUUUUGUGGUGAGAGAGAGAGAAAAAACUGACUUGCAUUUUUAACUGUUUACAAAUUUAGCCAAGAUGAAUGCUGCAGUUUCCUCCUUCGGACAGAUUUUUAUCCUUGUCACUGAAAAAACAAAAAAAUAUCCAAAAGGAUGAAAUUGAAAUUAAGUGCAAUUAGACCACACAUAAAAUCAUUCAGAGGUUUAUAAUCAGACGGCAUUCCUCAAGCAGACAUUCCCAUUGAAAUGUGUAAAUCCCACUUCUUUUAUUUCUGUCAUAGAGCUUUGGACUUAAACAUUUGAUCACUUUUAAGUAUUUCUUGCAUUACCUGUUAUAUCAUCGUUCAUUAGAUGUGCUCAGACAGGAGGAUCAGUUUGUUACAUGUUUUUGUGUCUCACUGUUGGUGCAGCCACAGACACUGCUGUGUGUCCUCUUAGAUCUCUUAAUGUCUCAUGGUUCACUCAGUGUACAGCCUGACCCUCCGUCAGCUGGUGGAGGGAGACAGAGUGACCUGAGCUGGGCCUAGUACACUUUCAUUCUCUGGUCAUUACAAGCAGCUUUAAAGGAAAGGUUCACAUUUUUUCAAGUUUGUCUCAGACCUCCUCUCGAGAAAUCACGCUUCAUGCAACAUGUCCAUGUGGUGCUUUUAUAUGCUACAAGACAUAUCAUGAGGGAAAUAAGCAGUCGACACCAUGGCAGAGCUUGUACCCCUUGGACCUGCAGUGUAGCAUUGACAGUCUCUAGAGUGCAGAUGUUAUGUCACAAACCUAAGGAACCAAUCCCAGAAACUUGCAAGGCAUCAGAGGAGAACCCAGGGGUAUCUAUUUCACUGUCACUUCACCUUGUCAGAACUGGUGAUCAGAAACAAGGUUUAUCUAACAUUAGCAACACAUUAUCAACUGUUUGAGAACGUGGUCAAGCUGAAGGUUAUCGGUUAUUGUUUACAAGCAGAGGUCUGUGUGUUUCGUGAGCAGGUAUGCUUGAGCUGAGGGGCAGGGCUGAUUUGCAUAUUCAUAGGUCUGUGUAUACUAAAUGAGGCAAAGGUGUAGAGUUACAUCAAAGCCACUUUAAGCCAUGAAGGGAUUUUUUUCCAUUGAAAAAAAUCUAAAUGUGUAAUUUUGAUUAACAACAAAUGAGUUGUUAGGGGUUAAAUUAUUAAUUAUUGCCUGAAGAGGAACUUUAAAACAGUUUUCCCAUGCCCAUGAAGGCUUAUUGGUCGCUGUAAUCACCAUACUGGCUGUAUAAAGAUUCCUCCCUUAUGCUAUUCCAAUGUUAGACAUUUUGUCCUCCAUCCCAUCAUUUAAACUGGAAUCACAUAACGAAGAGAUCUCUUAAUCAGUCCCUCUGGGAGCUUAGUUGUUGCAGUCUAAAUUGCCUGAUUUCACGGCAGCUGUUAUACAUAAUUAUGAUGCCAGUUGUGAUGUUCUUAGAGUUUUUUUGCAAUGAAAUUGUGGAUCAGUUGAAAAGCAACUUGUUUCAGUGAGAAUAAAACACUGUUCUGAGUGUGUUAUUCAUACUACACGAAUGCUACCACUAACCCUUUAUAUUUAAUCUUAGACAGCUUGAUUAGAUCUGGGUGUAACAGCCUCUGUCAUGGGCUCAUUCUCCAGGUGUGUUAUGCAGUAGAAGCAUUAGUCAAACAUGAUUUUGGUUUGUGUUCCACCAAAACUUUCGAUAUGGUGCAAAACAGUUUAUCCCCACUUUCAUGCAGGACAUCAGGGAAUUGCCUUGCACGGUCUUGGACUCUUUAGCAGUAAUUUUUGUUGGUAAAUUUGAGACGUUCUUGUUGCUCAUGCCUGUAUCUUCACAGUUAGAAACAAGGAUUUAAGUUACGGGUGAUGCUAUGAUGGGUGAAACUCACGGGAAACUGCUUUGAUUGGUCAAUUUAGCAGAAAGGUUGACGUGAUUGGAGAAAGGUCGUGCAGAAUUCAUGGCGAUUUGUUGAAUUUGCAUUAAUUGUUGCGAUCGCAGCAUCAGAGCAGGGCCUCUUAAUGACCAGUGUGUACAUGAGGAAUGAUUACACUGACUAAUAACUGUUUCAAUGUUCAUAUAAAGUUAGAUUGUUUCAAGAUGGACUUGGAAAAAUGUGAACCUGUCCUUUAAAACGCUUUGUAAUGGGAGAUUCAAGAUCUCCAAGAACACAUCUUACCAUCUGAAGCUCACCACGUGGAGUCUUUCUCAUGCUGUAAGCAAUAUACAUAUUAUACCUGAAAACAUUUCAUGUAGUCUUGGCAUUUUCUAUGCAGUUUACUCAGUAUUGUACCCUUCAUUGUCUUAAGUACGGCUCUCUGAAGCAGUAGGGCCGGUUGGGCUGAUGCAGUCAUUUUGCGCUGAUGUCUGGUUGUAGGAUUUUUGCUUUAAAUUACUUUUUUAUAGGAAUACAAACCAGUAUUUUGCUUUUCUACUUUCUAUUUUUUUUGCUUGGUGGUCUCCAUCUUCCUGCGUAUAGCACACUGCUGACCCACAGAUCAGUAAACUUUUGUUGUCUUUCACGAUGCCACACAGUCGGAGCCAAAUCACUCGAGAAGAGUGUCUCAUAUUUCCACGUGUUUGUCCAGCAUUAUUUCGGCUCCAUCGCCAAGCCACUUCGACAUUGUAUUUUAGGUCAAGAUGCAUUUGAUGGGAUUUAAACGGUGCAAGCAGUGACACUUGUGACUUUACCUCCUGUUGAUUCUCACAGCAAGACCAUCCUGUGCUACCACGAGCCUUUUUUGUUUUUUUGCCCUCUGCUCUGAGCAGUGUGUGCCAUGUCAAGCAGGAAAGCUCCACUUCUUCUACAAAGAUGUCCGACGAAUCUUAUUCACAUCACUGAUAGUCUGUUGCUGUAACUAAUUGCACUAAAUGCCCUCCUUUUACAGUGUUUUGAACUUAAAACUGUUGGUAAAUUGAAGAGUUUCAAAAUGUAAAGCACACAAAAUCAUGGAGAAAUUGCAGGUUGUGUGUUUCUGUAGAUAGGUGUAUUUCUUUUGUAUAGAUAGCUUUGAUGAUGCUUGUCGAUAAUGCCUUAAAAUCUGCUUUGUACAAUGUGUGAAAUUUGAAAUAAUGGAAUAAUGCUUCUGGUCGACUUGGUGUUCCCCUUUUCAGGCUGAACAAGAGCAAAUCAGAAAUGUCAAGCUUUGAAACUCUUGUCACGCUUACGAGCAGAAAUUCAUAUUCUCAAAGGGUGACGGUGAAUUCUUUUUGGGCCCCAGACGGUUCAGCUAUGAAAUCUGCAACUUUGUGUUUGUGUGGUGCUUUGUUUUUAGGUUUUUUUGUUUUUUUUUUCAUUAUCUAUUCCGUUACGUUUUUAAUACACUCUUUACGCCCAUACUUACCUUUUAAUUCCUUUUUUUCCCCAAUGUGUGGAGGUGAAGUGAAUGGAAUCUCUUCUUUGCACUUUUUAUAAGACAAUGCCAAGAGUGUCCGCAGCGGAGGGCGAUCCAUUAAUUCCACACGCACACAUCCGUUGUUUUUAUUGUUGUUGCACAAGAUGAGUUGUUUUUUUAUCCUUAGACUUAAUGGGUUGUGUUUGGCGUCUUGUGCUUUGUCCCAGUCUCUGGACGACAGUUUUGAGUAAAUGGAGACAGACAGACAGACAAGCUGCAUUAAUCCGAUAGCUUUCCAUUGGUGGUAAUGUGAUGGUUGAUGUUUUGUGACGUUGGCAGUGGGGAUUCUUCCCGUGUGAACUAUUUCCUGUCGUUUGAUCCCGUAUUGAACUACAAAGGUGAAAUUAGGACGAUUUCGGUGUCGAUGUCCAGUUAAAUCAGGAGAAACGAGAACGGUUAAAAGUUUUAAAGGAGUCUGUGUAUUUUCAGAUUUGACAUUGUACUUUUAUGGCACAAGGUGACACUGCUUUUUAUGUGAUGUGCAACUAUUGAAAAAGGAAACAAAAAAUUAGCUUUUUUUUUUUCUUUUUUUUUUAAACAUGCCUAAAUCUGCAAAAUAUAUGCAAUGAUGUAAAUGUAACAUUCAAUCCUCAAGUAUAAUCCAGGUUGUAUGAACUUUGUAUAGUGAGUUUUAAUAUUGUAUGGCCGUACCAAUAUGUAUUGAUCUUUAUCAGAAGCCUUAGAGUUGUCGACCGAAAGUGCUCCCUUAGAAUACCCUACACCUACCUGACUUUAACAAAGCAUUAAUAUCUCUAUUUUGUUGCAUUUUUAUUUGUACCGUUUUUGAAUAAAAUAGAUUUGUACUGUAUAUUUGUACCUCUCUGUGAACUACUUAGGGCGGUUUUUGUUUUUUUGUUUUGCUGUUUUAAUUCUAUGUACUUUAAGGACACAAAGAUAUUGUAUUUUUAUUGUUACAGCUAACUUGGAGACAUUGCAUUUAUCAUGUUUGUUAAGUAAACACAAUAUAAUAUAUAUAUAUAUACAAAUAUAAAUAUAAACUAUUAUCCAACCUGUGUGCUGUGUGUC